AUGUCUGACGUAGAAGCAGAUACAUCGGAUCCAUGUACAUUAGCAAACGAUGAUUCUCAUCAAGGUUUGAGAAUAGGAGCAAUCUUCAUCAUCUUGGUUACCUCGUUAGCUGGGACAAUGACUCCUAUCAUAUUCAGACAUUCAUCUUCUAUACCCACACCGGUAUUCGACUUUGCAAAAUAUUUCGGUUCGGGUGUCAUCAUAGCGACCGCUUUCAUACAUUUGUUGGCGCCUGCAUGGGAUGAAUUAACAUCAGAAUGUCUGAGUGGAACAUGGACAGAAUACGAUUGGGCACCAGCUAUCGCCAUGGCCGCUGUUUACGGUAUAUUCUUUGCUGAAGUAGCCGCAUACAGAAUUGGUACAAAACGAUUGGAGAAAUUAGGUGUUAACUACAGCUCACAUGCACAUGACGAAACAGAUGCUCAUGCUCAUACACAUAACCAUGAUCCCCCACUCUCAGUCGAUACUUCUGUUCCUGCUCAUCAACAUCACUUACACCCUUCUUCAUCUAACAUCCACUCUCACUCACAUGCUCAUGAAGACACCGAUCCCCGAUUACAGGCAAUCUCAGAGAAGCACCUUAAACAUGAUGCGGAGUCGGGAUCAGAAUCUGAGACUGUCAAUCAACUACCGAGCAAUGCAGAAGCAACCGCUCAGUUGGUCGCUGUCGGUGUUUUGGAAUUUGGGGUAGUAUUACAUAGUAUCAUCAUUGGUCUCACACUCGGUGUGACAGAUGAAUUCAUCACAUUGUUCAUUGUUAUUAUCUUCCAUCAAAUGUUCGAAGGUUUAGGUCUGGGAUCACGACUUGCUGUACUCAAUUUACCCAAAAAAUUCCACUACGCUCGAUGGGUAGCUGCCGCAUUCUAUUCCAUAUGUACACCUAUAGGUGUCGCUAUCGGUAUCGGUGCGAGAAACAGUUACAACGGGAACGGUGCCACUGCCAAUAUCGUAUCAGGUAUACUAGACGCUACUUCUGCUGGUAUCUUACUGUACACCGGUCUGGUCGAACUUAUGGCACAUGAAAUCUUACUCAACCCAAGAAUGAUGAAAGCUAAGAAUGGUAGAUUGGCUUAUAUUUUCAUUUGCAUGUUGUUGGGUUCAGGUUUAAUGGCUUUACUGGGUCGAUGGGCUUGA